CCACGACAUCCCCCACCCUCACGUUAUCCAUGCCCACCGUACUGAAGGCGCAUCCGCACAAGAACUCGCUCGACAUCCGCCUCGCUGAGUCUGUGGUCUUCCUGCGCGCGGGAGAUGCCACCGGCCGACAAAGAAACCUUCAGGCCGAUGCGCCGCCGGGCAUGGUUCGAGGCCUGCUCGUCCUCAAUCUGGCCAAACCGACGAGGAUUACCAGCAUCGAGAUAGAACUGGUUGGGAAGACGGUGACGGCAUGGCCUGAAGGCGUUGGUGCACGCAGGAUAGAGAUAACGGAGGAACAUGAGAUCUACUCCCAAUCAUAUGUCUUCUUCCGCGCCGGUCAAACUCCUGGAGCAGGGUCUCGCCGUAACCUUUCGGUCGGGCCCGGCUUGUCUUUAGAGCACGAAGACGAAGAUCACUCCGAACGGUCCAGCUAUGUUCAGCGGGACGGACAAACCGAGGAAGACCGCGGCAGGUCUCCAUACCCCCACACUAUGGAUCAGAACCGGAAUCACAGGCGAUACAUGAGCGUCGACCAGACCCACUUCCAACGUACCUUCGUUUCGCAUCGUCAAAAUGCCGAGCUGCCCGCGAAUCUACCUCUUACUCCGCCGUAUACGCCCACAUAUUCUCCCGAAGCAACUCCGCAUUUGAGCCCUACGACAACGGUUAUGCAACGUUCACCGUUUGGGACGUUCGACGAGUCUCCCGCGCGGAGUCUCGAUGACUUGCGGCGUGCGUUCCAAACAGAGCUCGAAGGAGAGCACCACCACUACCACAGCUUUGCAUAUGAUCGCACGCGUUCACAAUCGCGAACCGGUGCCGGAUCAUCUGCGAGCAUCCUGUCUCGCCCGCCUGACUCCCGUCGCGUCAGUUUUGACGACGAUCGCGAGUUCCAGGCCGGAAGCAGCGCGUCACAGCUUCCGCAACGCAUGCCCUCCCAACCGCCGGUACGCGGUGCUGGCUCGCGUACACCAUCAAGGCAGAGAGAAGCGGAUGGGGAUGACAGAGGGCGGAAGAACAAACCGUUCACCUUCGCGAGCGCUUUGCUAGAGGCGAUGAAGGACCGCGUACGCUCGAAGUCUCCCCUUAUCGAGCGCGAGGCUCAUCACGGCGAGGUUACUCCUCCUCGUGGUCGGGCGCGCGACCGUGUCAUCUUGGAAGAGCCGGAGAAGCCAAUUCUCAAGGAACUGUCGGCCCUCGGCAGAGUAGGCGAGGCUCUCGGUUUCGAUGUGGACGAUGGACGAGAACAUGGUGACGGUUGGAAGGAAUUUCGCAGAGGUGUAUAUACAUAUCCUGUAUCCUUCGCCAUUCCUGCGAAUUCGCCUCCAACUCUGCACGUCGACUAUGGCUCGGUACAAUGGAAGCUCAAGGCCGUAGUACAUCGGCCAGGCGCGUUCAAAGCCAAACUCCAAACUUCUCACGAUCUCACCGUCGUCACAACGCCGUGUGAAGAUGAGACGGAGGAGUCCGAGAGCAUCAUCGUAGAACGACAAUGGGACACGCAGAUGCAGUACCUCAUCGCGAUUUCCGGCCGCAGUUUCCCCCUCGGUGGCACGAUGCCUAUCAGCAUCACAUUCAUGCCAUGGACAAAGAUGAAGAUUCAUCGAGUUUCUGUCCUCAUCGAAGAGCGAGUGGACUACUGGACACAGUUCAAGCGCAUAUCGCGCACGGACCCUAUCAUUAGAAACUCUUUACUCGCAUUGAAGUACGCUAAGAAGGAUGGGCCGCCUAUCCUUCCACUCCUUUCCGACGACCCGGAUGCCUUUAGGCAGUCACCGCUCAUUGACAUCAUCGACCCGAGCGACGACCUCGGGCAGGUGGUGUCCAACCUCAUGGGCCCCGGUCCCUGGACGAUCCGCAAGAACCUGCAGCUACCGAAGACGGGAGAGUCGCUCCACACGACGAACAAGAACAAGCGGAGCAACAUCUCGGUUUCGCAUAUGCUGAAGAUUAUCUUCCGCGUGGAGCGCGGUGACGACUGCGCAGUUGACCCGCAGACGGGCAAGCGGAAGCUGUUUGAUAUUGUCGUCCAGACUCCAGUGCAUAUCCUCUCCCACCUGUGCAACCCCGACUAUAUAUCCCUUCCACCGUACUCUCAGCUCCCCGAUCCCGCAACUGCGCUGGCCCACCACCCCACCCUCAGCAUCCUCACCGACGGCGACAUCCACGUCAGCGCGGCACCAAUCGUCGUCUCUCCCGCCCACCUACGUGACGGCUCUCACACGCCCAUCCGGUCGCCAUCUAUGUCUGCCCACCCCUCGACCACCAACUCCCUCUCCGGCGCUGCGCCGUCUCCCGGCGUUCUACAGCGCAGGGAGUCCGGGCUCUCGGACGACUCCCUACCGAGCGGCGCGCAGAGCCCCAUCGGGGGCCCGGGUGGAGCGGCGGUCGCGGCGACGGUGAGCCCGCCACUCUCGCGCCGGCACUCGCUGGAACGCCAGACGACGGAGCUGUUUGAGCAGCUCAUCGCGGGCGAAGUGAGCGAGGAGGGCGAGGCGCCGCCGUCGUAUGCGGCUGCGGUCGAGGGCGUCGUGGGUGCGCACGCGCCGUCGUCGAACGCGUCGCACUGAAGGCGGUUCAGUGGAAGUGAAAGCGAAAGGGAAGUAUAAGGACGUGAUGUUGUAAUAUGGGUGGUUGUACAGGGGAAUCUAGGACUUCGUGCGCUUCGGUGGGGUUUGGGUGCGCGUGAGUAUCUUUUAAUUUUAUUUCUUCAUUUUCAUCCUAGGCCUGUUGGACCGGUAGUGAUCGCUUAUGCAUACUUGCUAGAGAUAUGACGUUAUGAUAGCCAUACGAAGCCAGCUCUGUGUAUCCUACGUGUAUUCGAGUAGCCUAAUAGAAGUAGAUGUGA